GACGAUGCCGAUGAGGCGACUGAUCUCACCUCACCCUCGCCCACUUCGAAAUUCCGCGCUGAUCGAUUUCGCGCCGGGAGGCAGUCCAAGGAUGGACGGAUGUCCGCCUAUGGUGGCAUGAGUAUGUGGUCGCUAAAGCCAUCUUCGUUGGCUGCCAUGUGUCAGUUCCGACCAGAAGACGCACAGCUACUUGCGGAA